AAGACAGGCGAGAAGGGACGCGAGAAACCCUUGCAUUUUGAAUUGAAAGUCGCCAUGUCUGCCAUGAACGCAGCAAGGUUCAUCGCCCGCAGGCUCUCCUCCAGUGGGAGGGUUCUCAGGGAGGAGGAGAAAAAAGCGGAGAACGUUUUCAACAAGGGCCCAAAAGCUGCAGAGAAAACCCCAGCCAAACCAGUACACUCAUCCACUGAUGUGAAACCCACCAACCCACAUGGAUCAUCUUCAUCAGAGGGUACUUCAACCAACCUGACCAGUAACUACUCUCUGUUGCUGGCGCCGAUGUUGCUGUAUGUUGCCUGGGUUAUCAUCUCCUCUAAAAGCCGGAGAAAUCAGAAUAAGUAGCCGAUUGAGGCUCCAAUGUCAUUCAAGAGGACAACCCCAUAUGGAGUUGGGUGUCCGUUGUUUGCCUUGAGUUUUUCAUGAAACGUGGGCUGGUCUAAUAUACCAGGGUUUUCAUUGCCUCGACUUUUUUCAUGAAACUUGGACUGCUCUAGUAUACUUAGAGAUGCAAUUGGAAUAAAUCUUUUCCUGUUUAACUUAGCUUAAACAUGUAUUUGUAUCAAAGUCGAGCAACUUGUACUUAUUUCAGAGUGUGAUCCAUUGUUUUUCUCUUCUAA